AUGAGCGACUGCUCAGAAGAGCAGUGUUGUGUUAAUACCAGCAAAGUUGUAACAGCUGUUCCAGGGUUUCCCGUGGUGCACGUGUGCUACACAAAAAAGGAAUCUGAUCUUAAUGGAGUCCAAGUCAAACUUCGAGAGACUGAAGGAGCCCUCAAUUCUAAAGAAGCUGCACUGGCUGCUGCUCUUGGUGAUAACAGAAGUCUGGAGGGAGAAAUUGGGGAUUUAAAAGAACGAAUUGAACAGCUUGAAGCUUCUUUAGCUGCUGCCAGGGAGCAGCUUGCAAGUGAAACUUUACAGAAGGUGGAUCUUGAAAACCGUUGUCAAAGUCUCACCGAGGACUUCGAAUUCCGUAAAAAUAUGUAUGAGAAAGAAAUAAAAGAAACAAAACAGAAAUAUGACACUCGCAUAGCGGAGGUUGGUUUAAGGCAUCAAAUUGCAUUUGAAGAUAAAUUGACCCAAGCACUUCGUGAAAUAAGAGAGCAGCAUGAUAUAAAAGUGAAGCAGUACAAAGAUGAGCUGGAACAGACUUACCAAUUGAAACUAGAGAAUGCUAAACUGGUUGCUGAGAUGAGCAGUUCUGCAGGCAACUCAGUACGAGAAGAACUGAAGGAAAGCAGCAUACGAAUUGGUGAUCUGUCUUCCCAUCUUGCCAGGCUUCAGAAGGAGUCUAGAGCAUGGCAAGAGAGAGUUCAAGAGCUUGAGGACAGCUUGGCCAAGGAACGGGAAAACUGUUGCAAAGUAGUGUCUGAGAAAGAGAAGGAAAUGGCAGAGUUAAGAGCUCAGAUGCAGGAGCAACUGAGUGACUACGAACAACUUCUGGAUCUUAAAUUGGCACUUGAUAUGGAAAUCAAUGCGUACCGGAAAAUGCUGGAGGGUGAAGAGGAGAGAUUGAACCUCUCUCCAAGCCCAUAUUCCCGAGUGACUGUUUCACGGGCAUCAUCGAGCCGUAAUGUGCGUACUACCAGGGGGAAGAGGAAGAGGAUUGCUGUGGAGGAAUCUGAAGCCAGCAGCAGUGUUAGCAUUUGCCACUCAGCUUCUUCCACUGGAAAUGUCUCUAUUGAGGAGAUAGAUGUUGAUGGAAAAUUCAUCCGUGUGAAGAACACCUCUGAACAGGAUCAACCUAUGGGAGGUUGGGAGCUAGUCCGAGAAACGGGAGACACUUUUGCUCGUUACAGAUAUACCUCAGGAUUUGUACUAAAGGCUGGCCAAACUGUUACG